GAAUUGAAAACAGGAAAUGUACGUUUAGCGUAGCUACGGCGGUUAGUACGGAUAGGCUAGAUUGGUGUUACUGCUACAACAGUCUCUUCACACAAGCCAUGGUAUGUAAAUUAAAGAUAGACGCUCACGAUUUCUACUUCACUUCACCUGUUCCUCAUACCAAUGGAGUUAUCAUUACAGCAUGUGCGUUACAGUUUAUUUGAAUGAGAAGUGAUGUGUGAAAGGCUCAACGCUUCUGCUAGCUAUGGCGACGUGCUUGGUGUCACUGACUCAAUAAACUGUUCGCUUCAGCUUCACUGACAUUCUUUUACGGUGUCAGGGUAUCAUACAAUACAAAUUGAAGCUUUAUUUAACCAUUAUCUUUCAUUACAACCUUAACAGGAACGCUUUUCGACUUACCGGGGAGCGGUUGCCAAGGGAGACGGGAGACGCUUGACCAGAUUUAGCUAGCGUGCUAGCUAGCUACCAGAUCCUGGACGCAUUAAGGAUUCCAUAAACAUGGUAAGACGGAACGUGAUUUGGGCGUUGAAGCCAUGCAAUUUGCUGUGGUUGGAAUGCAACAGUUACACAAGCUGCAUUUUCUACAAGUAACACGAACCUUCAGUCUCAGGGACACUUAUACAAGCUGUUUUGUUGCGUCUGUUUCCAUCAUUAAAGCCUUUUUAUGUUGAUAGUAGGGAUAGUUGAUUGGUAGGGAUACGGCUCAACUUACCCUGCUCCUAUGGUCAACUUGCCCCAUACACGGGGUGAGUUGAACAUAGGAGACAACUGUUUUUGGCAUGCUAUAUUAUCAAGACAGUUAUGUUUACACUCAUUCUGUUGGUUUGCAGGGAUGUACAACAUCUUGAAAUAUAUGCAGAUACACGAGUUAGAGACAAAACUAUGAUUGACUUGAUGUAGUGAUCCGAAAUAUAAAAAACGUCUCAUCUUACCCCACUCUCCCCUAUUUUGUAUUUGAACCAAGUAUGGAUGAAAUUGCAGAUAUUCAUGUUAGCUGCUUCUCAGACUGAUAAAUCAUUAUGGGGUCUCUAAUGAUAUCAUAUCCCUUUUUACAGGCAGCAAAACCAAGGGGCAAACCACCCAAAAGUAAGAUACUUAAGUGUUAUUUGAUACUAAUAUCAGUUUAUUAUACAAAAGUCUUGAUAUGUGAAGCAUGGCCAGAAUAAUUUACAAUGAACAAUCAAAAGCUUAAACAUGACAGAGCAGGCAGCAACAAGUUGAUGUAAAACUGUCUCCAUUCACUUUCCCAAGGUUCAUUUGGAGAUGAUUUGCUUGACAGCCUAUUUGACGAUACAAGUAAGUUUAACUCAAACCAUUUUAUUAUAAAAGUUACGGUUAUAUGAUUCCAAAAGUUUUAAUUUUUUCAUCUCUUUCAUUUACUUCCCAGAACCUCCGGUCAGAGGGAGAGCAGCCCGCAGUGGACCACUUGUUCGGUAAGACAGAAAAAGUGAACAUUUAAGGAAUGCAUUUAUAACGGUUCCUGCUGGUGAAAUACACCUUGUCUUUUUUUUACAGCUCUACUGCUACUGACAACAUUUUCAGUAUGCUUGCAGAGGAGGUGAAGAGGGAUGGCGAGGAAUCUGAGGUAUGUAGAUAAUGUGCAAGAAGUGUCGCACACAUACAUCUUCGUGGUCAUAGGUUUUCAGCAUGAAUUUAUUGGCUUUUUGUUAAUAUCCUAUUUUUUGUCCAAGGAAUCUGAUGUCUCAGCAGCAGAUCCAAAUGACAUACUAAAGAACAUGAAGGUAAGACAUUAUGAAACUUACGAGACUACUGUCAGAUUCAUUGUCAUCCCUUCGUCAUCUGAAGGUUAUCUAUUCACAAACCUGUUGUGUUUAAAGGACAUGGAUGAUAUGGAUGCUGAGCUUUUUGCACCAAAGAAAAAUACAGUUUCUGCUCCUGCACAAACACAUGACAAAAAAGGGACAAAGAAAACCCCCUCUACAUCCAAAACUAAUGUGAAAACAGAGGAAACAGGUAACUUUUACAUCUUCAUCUUUGAAUUGUUGCUGACUUUGCUGUUCACCUCACUUGUUGCAGUCAGAGUAAGGUGUGCCUUCUUCCUCUUUACUCAGAUAAACCUACACCAGAGGAAAAGACGCCAAACUCUGCUCCUCCUUUGACUACCUCACAGAACUACAAGAAAUUCACAUUCUCUGGUAAGUUUGCCUUCCUUUCACCUUUAACUCUCCAACUGAGCAAAAACUUUUACUUGCUGAGAGCUUUGUUUUGUUUCCUCAAACUGCUGCAUUCAUUUAGACUCUGGAGAUGAUGGAGAAGGUGUUGGUCAGACGCCUCACAUGAAAGGUACACUGGUGUAGAUGUGUGUGUUUGAGAUUAAAACUGUAGUUAAAUAGUUCCAGUGAGGAGACAGUAGAUGUUUUCAAAGCUCCUGUGUUUAUGAAGUAGACUGAAGUUCAUUUUGAUGCCUUUGCGUGAAAUACAAAAGCAAACAAAACCAUCAGUGACAAGACUGAAGAUUUUUUAUGUUGUAGAUUUUUAAUACCUGAAACUUGUGCAGAAGGGUAGGCGUCAGCCAAACAGCUGAAGAAAGACUCACGUUUUUAUAUUUUCCAUGUAAAAAAUAUAUGAUGUGUGUUAAAUUUGACUGUCAAAAAGUGGCACUAAUCAAAAGUUCCUCACAGAGAUUAAAUGUUACCCAAUACCUCAGCUAGUUACACACUUUAGAUGCUGCAACCCACUUUGAAAUCUAUAGAUAAUUUACUUAAAUCUCAAAUCACUCAACUCUAACACCUGAUACUCAGAUUAUUCCUCUGCAUAUAAAAGGAGAAAGUUCUUCUUAAAAAUGGUCCUGUGUCUCAUUGCAUUGUAAAUAAAAAAUGCCUUCACAUCAUUUUUAGAGCAACAAAACAAAGAAAAUAUCUACUAACUAUGACUGACCGGAAGUGGCCAAGCUGCAGUACCUUUAACGCCCACUAAAGGGCAGCAGGACACACUUUGGGCAACACUGCAGAACAUGAACAUUGGUGUCAUGUCGCAUUAAAAUCACGUGCCUCUGGUACCUCUAGAAACAGAUGUAGAUUUAAACAUGUCUACAUAUACUGCACAUGAUCCUCCAAAGUUUCUUGGUCUACUCAUAAAAUAUCAUAAAAGAAUUAAAGAUGGACCUUCCACUGCAGAUGAAGAAGACCCUCUGGCUGAUCUACUUGAUGACCUGCUCCCAGAGGAAACAAAGCCCAAAUCUAAACCCAGUACUCAGCAGUCCAAACCUGUAAAGUCUACACCGUCUGCUGCAGCAUCUCCCAUCCUGGAGACUGACCCACGUGAGCCUCAAAUAACCUGAAUAUUUGCCUCUCCGAGCAUAUAGAAACGCACAAGCACUUAGUGUGUUUGUUUAUUUGUGUGUGUUUUUUUUUGUUCAUCAGCCAAGGCAGCAAAGAAACAUGCUGAUAUUACUUUCGAUGAUAAGGAAGACCUGAUAGAUGCACUCGGAUUUGACGAUGAGAAGACCACUCUGAAGAAGAAAGACAGUGUGCUUUGGCCCAGCAAGGAAAGGUAACAGUCUUGUCUAACUCUUCUUGCCGUCCUUGUUGUUAGUGCUCAGUGAUAAAUUAUUACUGCUCUAGUGCUCAAGGGGGCUUUGUAUUUCCUCCUUUGUUUGUUUUUUUUUUUUUUUUUCAAAAAACAUCCAACUUUCGAAGGACUGAGCCACCCCAGAGAGUCCGUACACGACUCGAUGAGAUUCUUGAGAGCAUGAAUUCACCUCGACUACAUGAGCGACCCCCAACGGGUGAGAUGAAGGACAGAGCUCAGUCUAAAGAGGAGCAACAACAAGGGAAGACCUCUGGUGGGAAAGGUAAAACAGCAAAAUAGUCUUCUUCUUAACAUAAAUGUGUGUAGAGGAAUGUUUAAAAACAAUGAAAUAUUUAAAGGUGGAUGUGUCCCCAUUUCUCAGAGCCACUUUUAGAAGAUGAUGUCACGUUUGGUUCCUAUCAGCCCACUUUGAUGUCCACGCCUGAAGGAAGGCAGUCCCGCAGACAGUCUGUCAGGUGUGUGUGGAGACCAAUCUUGGAGUCUAGUAGCUAAUUUUUCCCCAUGCUGUGACAUGGCCUCCUCCCUCUACUCUAAAAACAGAGGCUAAUACUCUCAGUAAUGAAAAAUUCUGCGACUCUUGUGUUAGUCGGCUUUCUCUCAUUUUCCUCCCCUGUUGCACAUUAGGGCCGUCAGUGAAUUUUUAAUAGUUGGAUAUCUACUUACAAAUCAUAAAAAAGGAGAUUUAAAUGGAAGAAAUUAAUGUUGUAUGGUUAAAAAAAAAGAAGAAGAGAGACACUCCUGGACGUUGGUUUGCUGUUCAAGUUCUGUCGUAGGCUUGGUUGCAGCACUAAACACUCUAAAUGAUAGACAGUCACAGGAGUCACAACAUUAUUUAUGAUAGCAGAGACUUAACAUCACUAGGAAUUAGGGCUGGGAGGAAAUGCUUUUCUCCUGAUUCGAUUCUUCUAUAAUUUUUUUGGAUGCCGAUUCGAUUGAAAUUGCGAUUCUACAAUAUUGUUGAUUUUCUUGAUUUUUAGUCUGCAUUUUUAACACCAGCGAAACAGUUCAAUAAUUAUGGUUGUCUACCGGCUAUUCCAGGAACCAUGUUUCCCCAAAAAAUACACAACACAUGUAAGUCAGUUUUUAUUCUUAAAUUUGGAAAAAAAAAGAAAAAAGAUUUUUGAACCAAAAAAUUUAUUUAAAAAUUAUAAAACAAAAAUGCGAUAGUUGUGUAAAAUGGAUUUUUUCUCCCAUCCCUACUAGGAACAGCAAACUUUUGUCAGUGUGUGUUUUGAUUUUAAAGUCUGAUCCAUGUCCCAUCUGAUUACAUGAAGGGGGCGGGGUUUAUGACCUACAGAAAAUGCAGUUAAAAAAUGUUGAUUUAUUGCUUUAGUCCAACUGAAACUGAACUUUGAAAUCACACUGUCAUCAGAUUCUCCACAGAGGACGUGAGCUUGUCUUCCCCUGAGAAAAAGACAAAGUUCACCACCUCCACCUCUUCUAGACACCGCAACUCAGCUGACUGGCUUGGCCUCAAGACAGACGACGAUGACGACCGAAGCUUUGAACAAGGUACCGCCAAAGAGAACAAGACCACAGUAGAGUCUACAAAGACCCCCUCCUCGCCUUCGACAGAGAGAAGACCAUCAGUGAGUGGGGACAGUCCUGCCAUAUCUACUGCCAAAACAGCCACAGACACUCAAGUCCUGGCUGAUGAUGUCCAAAAACAAACCAAACCAGAGGACUUCAAAGUCCAGAGAAGAGGUCAAGAGGAGGAGGAGGAGGAUGAUUGGUUAGCUGGAGCGCUGAGCAGGAAGAAGGCUCUGACAGGGUCACAACCUGAGGUCAAAACAACCAAACAGGACAACGCUCUAAACCUGGAAGAGGAGGGGACUGGAAGGUACAAUUGGAGCCGCUACAAUAGAUAAGAAUACACCCCAUUUGUCAGUACUGAAUGAUUCGCUACUCUUAUUUCAGGGGCAGAGAGAAUGCUGUUUCAUCUUCGAAAGAGACAAGGUAAUAAAUGCUUUUUGUGGAUCCAUCAAAAAUGUUCUGCAAGGCACAAUGUUAACGUUUUGUAAUGUUCCUUUACUGUUGUCCAGCAACAGAGCACCUGUCAGGGAGAAGAGGACCAAACAAGGUAUUUAACUCAGUUUCACAGUGAUUCAUCUUUCUAACUCAACCAUGAGGUUCUGCAGGUUUGGCCUUGCGGAUAACUUGUAUGCCACAUAAACAGUGAGAUGUUUUAGUCCUUCAAGACACGUACAUACACAUCAUUGCAUGUCAUUCCUACACUCUCUCUCCGAGUUUCAGGCUUGAGGCACUAUCCUACCCUUUUAAUAAAAGGAAUUCAAGUCCAAAAAACAACAACAAAAAAAGGAGUAUGUUCUGCUGUAGACUGUGCAAACCUGAGGGAAGUUAAAUCUGCAUUUUUUGUCAGUGGCACCAGUUAGUGUCGUCUUCUAGAUUCUUCUGCACAUUUGUGCACGACUCCAUCAAACUUAGCAAAAAAUCAAAUCCUAUUUUGCCACUUCUCUCAUACAGAUACCAUUCCCACCUCACCACAAACCCCCAACGUUACAAUAAGUCCUCCUAUCAUCCAGUCCCACCCAUCCUCCACCUCAUCAGCUCCUUCACCAACACCUCUCCAUGCUUGCAUCAACCCCGUACAAACUCAUAGUCCCUCUCCUCCCUUAGAUGUUCCUCCUCAGGCUGCUAGUAUCGCCACCCACCCUGACCCUCAGCCUCAGCCCCAACACCACCUCUUACCUUCUACCAGAGGAUCUGCAGUGCCUCAAAUGCCAAUCCAGGCUCUGCAUGAAACCCCCCAACAGGCGCCCACAGCCAUGUCUGCCAUACUGGCAGACGGUCUGCAGCAGCUGCUUCUACAGCAACAGGUUUGGAAAAUCCAGUCUCUACUCACAGAUAACUUUUUAAAAGAUUAAAUAAAUAAUAAUAAAUUAUGCUUGUGGCCUAGUUUUUUUUUCCUGAUGUGUUUACUUUUCUUCUUACGAUGAUGCAGUCUCAGCUGCUGGGUCUUGGAGGGGUUAUGGAUUCAACAGCCCUGCAAAAAGGCAGGGAGAGGGAGAAGCAGUCUGUGGAUUGUCAAGCUUUGCAGGCUCGCAUCAUUCAGCUGGAGGGUCAGGUGUGUUACAGUCAAUGUGAGCUCUGUGUACAGAUCCUGACAAACAAAUGUGGAGUCUGUACGUUGGGGUCUGAGUUUAAAUUUGUAAUAUUUCAGUUUUAAUGUUUAAAGUAAAAUCUGCUCAAUGGUUUUUGUUGUGAUGCCAAACUUAAGACCUUUUGGAUUCAUGUUAUUGAAGCUAGCCUGAAUGAUAUUGCUAACUGGUUACAGUUAACUGGAAGGUGUUUUAUAGUUAUUUCCUGACUUCACAAGAGCACCCCAAAAGUCGCUCGUUCUCCCUGCAGAAAUACUGCCAUCACUUAAUUGCUACUGGGGUUCCACUUUGUUGAUAUUUGUGUUCAUAUAAAGGUGAAGAUGCUGCAGUUGGAGAGAGACCAGAGCCAGUUUGUGCUGGAAAACAUCCAGCAGAGGCAUAAACAGGAAAUCGAGCUCAUGGACAGCACACACAAGUAUGUUUUUCCACAAAUACAAAAGAUUAUAUGCAGAUUUCCCCACAUUUCUAAAACAGGCUGUUUUUCUCUGUGUGAUGCUAAGAGCCCAAGUAAGAAGACUGGAGGACCUGGCUGCUCAGACGGAGACACGAGCGCUGCAGGAUCAUGAUGACCUGAUGGAGCGCUUGGCUGCUGUAACAAAAUCAGCAGAGAAGGAAUGUUCGGAGCUGCAGGCUCAGUACCAGCGUAAAAUGACCCAGGUCCAGCAAGAGAGAGACCAUGAGGUGGCAAGACUGAAAGACCUCCAGAGGUAAACCAGGCCUAUAGCUUUAGUUUUAGACUGAUUCCAUGACCCCAGGUACUUGAGUUUUCCACAUUUUAUAUACUCAAUACAUGUUUUCUACUGAAGAAGAGCAACCGAAACUGCAGACAAUCUUUAUUUUUACUUGUGAAGAAAUGUUUGUGACAUCCCUCCUUCUCUAUUAGAGAAGCACCGAUCCAUUUUUUCCGAUCCAAUCCGACACUGAUACCUGAGUUGAGUGUAUCGGCCGAUAUCCAGUAUCGAUGCAGUACUACUGUUGAAUGAAUGAACUGUAUAACUUGCCCUGUGAGUGAAGGCAUCAGGCUUGACAUUAGCCUUGUUAAAAAAAGGCAACAAAUUAACAAAGAUAUACAUUUACUUAAUACUAUUUAUUAACAAAUUGCACAUUAGCACACAACGCUGGAUCGGCAUCAUCCAUCCAGUAUCCGAUCAAGUUAAUUUGUCAAUAUCCGAUAUCCGAUCCAAAUACCGGAUCGGUACAUCCCUAUUCUCUAUAUCAGAUUUAUGGACUCUUCUGUGUCGGUCAAGCCCAUAAAACUCUGAUUCGACUCAAUUUAAUUCGCAGUUUCAACAUCAAAACAUAAAGAGAGACACAGGGCUCUAUUUUGGUGCCUCGCCGGAGACGUGCCGCAAGCGCAGCGUCAGUCAGAUCCGCCGCGCUGACAAGGUGUUCCCAAGCACAUUUUGGUAUUUUGGUGAGCCGCGCAGCCCGGCGUAAGUAUCCCCCCUUCCUAACUCAGCUCCUCCUAGCAGCAUAAGUCAUAGACAGGGAGGAGAAAGGGCGUGUAGUGGGUUUAACACAGCCGAGACCUGUUUUCACCAAUCACAUAAGCUCCUCUCCUUGCCUUUACAUCCGCCACAGGCGAGGCGUAUUACUAUUUUCAUGAAGUAGUCAAAGAGAUCAAGAGAUGUCUGAAGACAGUUGUGCCACAAGAUGGCGACAGAGGGCAGCUCCUCAACAAGUGUCCUCCACACUCUCUCAUAUGAGCACAGAUGGAUUUAGUGUGCGUAAUGUUGGACCCACUGGUAAGACAAACACCCUUUUCCACAAAUAAAGACACUCACAUAAAGUUGCUCAUAUUCAAACCUCACAUGACAAAGGUGGGUUGAGCGCACAGAUCACAACAUAAACUCCAAAAAUGGCAUUAAAAUCGGAACCAUCUGUGCGUAAAUGACGCAUCGCGCUCCGUGGCCUGGCUCUUUCUUUCAUAGAUGUUGGCAUAUAAAAUAAAUUUGGCCCACAAAACUGAAUAUUAUAAUAUCCGUAUGUCGGCUUAAAGUAGAUCACGCAUCUGAGCACUGAAACAAAUCAUCUGUUCAGCCGCCGCAGCAGCAAAACGGACAGAGGACACGGAGACGUGUCCAGGUCGAGCUGUGCGAGAAAUAAGAGGAAGAGGAAAAAAGAAAAGGAGGGAGACGAAUUACAUAUCUUGUUAACUUCAUCAUGUGUGUUUAUUUACUAGAUAUUUAAUUUAAUUUGAUGCGGUUUCAGCUGUGUUGAUUCGGUCAGGUUGUGUGUCCAAACGCGUGCCAAACGCACUCAUCAGAUCAGAUAUAGAUCAGAAUAUAUCUAUAUAGAUCUAAAUGUAUGUGCUGACUCAGAUUAAUAGUUGAUGAUGAUUAUUUAUUGCACUGAAAUCUGCCCGACACUGUGGAAACCUGCCGGUGAGGCAUCAGUAACGUAUGUCGAUACGCCGCCGGUCUACCAAAAUACUACUGGACCAGCUGCGUUCUGCCUUGCGCUGAAAGCUGACCAGGUUUGAAUCGGCGAGCUUUCAGCGCACUUUACACGCCAUUGGCGAGCACGAAAAUGUCACUGCGCCUGCUGAUUCUUUCGACACCUCCCCCUGCCACGCCACCACGCCCAGCUUGGCGGAUCUCGGCUCGCCUCCGUGCGGCUCAGUCCACGAAAAUACCAACUUGGCCUUACGCUGGGCUCCGCCAGACGAAAAUACAACUGCGCGGGGCUCGCCGCCCUCCACCGCCUCACCGGCGCGCACGAAAAUAGAGCCCCCAAUAGCUCCUUGAGUCAGUAUGUUAUAUUUUAUUACAAAUCAAAGACCUUAAAUUCAAUUUUGUCAUCAAGGAGGUCAAUUCUAGAGAUGAAGAAAGAUCACGAGGACCAGAUCAAGAGGUUGAAGAAACUCAAGGACGAGGAGAUCGAUGCGGUGACGAGUGCAACAUCUCAAACCAGGUAGAGUGGAUUUUAAAAACCAGCUGUCCUGGACUGGACUAAGUAUGAGACAAAUUUAAUCGCUGUUACAGGCACUAAAAGGAGUUCUGAGAAAUAGACUGAAACUGACACUAAUGCCUUUUGGUGACCUUCAAAAGUAAACAAGAUCAUCACCAAGAAGGCUGAUUGUCUGAAUUUCUAAUGUUUCAUAUACUCACUGAUACUGAUAGCUAUUAUUACUGUUCUAUAAUCCAAACAGAUUUCAACAUUGCCUACCGGUGAAGUCCAUAGUCUGAUUGAAGUCUGUGUCUCUCAUCCAGGUCCCUCACGGUGGUGAUUGAGCAGAUGGAGCAGUUCUCCUCCCGGCUCGGAGAUCUCUCCUCUCGAGUGGAGAGCACUCAUGAACACACGGCUCAGUGCCUGGAGCAGGGGGCACGGCACAGAGACGAGCAGCUUCGAAGUACCUCAGACACACAAACACACACUUUAUGUUGAUGUUAUAAUGUAGUAUGUGGGUGACGGUCAUUGUCUAAAUGUGGAUUUUAGUGGUGCAGGACCGUCUGGCACAGAAGCAGAAAAGCAUGGAGGAGGAGAGAGCUUACCUAAAAGAAAUCAUCGCCAGGAUGGACACUCAGCUCAACGAGCAGCAGAGACAGCUGGAGAAGGUCAGACAGAAAUCACUCUUUAAAAAACAAACUAUACUAGAGAUUACUUUUAAAAAGGACUGAAGAACAAGAACAUAACACUGUAUAUCAGCUGGAGUCCAAAGGGUUAGGGCCGAUACAAAUCUUGCUCUCCCUAUAUGGGCCAGCAGGGGGCGACUGCUGAUCGUGAAAUGGAAACCAGGUGUAAAAGUGAGCCUGGUAUAAAGUUCAUUUAUUGCCUUUGCUGAAGGAAAAAUAUGCAUGAAGGUGUUGCCCCAUGAAUUGAUUGACAUGUUGCAACCAUGGCGACAUGUCACCAUCGCCCAGUUGUAUGAAACUAAUUGGGCAAUUGAUGAAAACAUCAGAUAUGAUCAAAUCAUAAGAUCGGGUAGUUCAAAAGUGAAAAAGGGUUAUAAUUGUGGUCACUGAUUUUCUUAUACCCAGUCCUGUAUUUUACAAACAAACACCUUGACUAAAGUAAAAUGGCACCUCUUUUACUUUCUUGGUCCUUCUCAGGAACGCUGGAAGAUGACAGCAGAGCAGGCCAAAGCCGAGUCCACCCAGAGAAGCCUGGAGGAGGAGCGGCGUACUCUCAGCAUGCAGAUCAACAUGGAGCGAGAGGAGCUGGAAAGAGCCAAGGUGAGACUGCUUAUCAUGCACCUCAGUGCAGUUUUCCUCCUCCUCGUUCACUCCAUGAGCCACCCUUCACCUCUCCUGCCUGUCUUUGCUUUCAUCAGAGCGCCUUACUAGAGGAGCAGAAGUCAGUGAUGCAGCAGUGCGCAGAGGAGAGGAAGAAGCUGGCGGCUGAGUGGGCUCACUUCCACAAUGUGGAGAAGCAGAGGCAUGAGAGGGCUGAACGAGAGGCCAGCAGCCUGCUGGAGAAGAGGGAGGGCUCCAUUAUCAGUCUGGCACAGGUGAGGUUAACAGUGCUGGUCGAAGAGAAAGCUACAUCACUUGAGAUUAUUCAUCAGUAGACUUUACUUAAGACAGAAAUUAUAAGACGGUUCAUCUAUAAAGGCCAAAAAGGUGAAAAAAUAAACAUUUUGUACCUGAUAAAAUCAUGUGACACCUCUGAUGAAGGCUGCAGAGGCAGUAGUUGAAACUUGUCAGGUACAAAACAUUUAUUUUUUUAACUUUCUGGUUUUUAUAGAUGAACCGUCUUAUAAAUUUAUCAUCGACAGGCAGAAUGAAACCCUUAUGAACCUCUUUAGUAUAUUACUUAAGACAGGCCAAAAGUUUCUUAACUGCUUAGUAACAUUAUUGCCUUAACAUGCUGUCUUUUUGUCUUGCGACAUUCAGCUUCUAUCAAAUAUCUCUAUCCUAUCACCUCUGUGUUUGAAUGAAUAGCUGUAAAGCUCUUUUUUGUAGUUUUUGUAGUGUGCCUCUGGGCCUUUCUUUGUCAGUAUACCCCUCACACAGACAUCUAGAUACUGAAUUGAUCUCACAUGUCUGGACAUGCCUGACGUUUUUUGCACAGGGAAAAACAUGGCAAAAUUAUAGUUUCCUAAAUCUCACAUGAUUGGAAGAGGAUCUGACUGUCAGUGUGGUGCCUGACAGUGCACUUAUGAUUUCAGUUUUUGCUCUAAUUAUUAGUUAUUGACCUAACUGGGUCAACAGCGACCCUAACACGACAAGUGCCAUAAUUUCAAUAAGAGUAUUUUAUCAUUUAGUCAAUUCAAUUUUUUUUAUUUUGUUGAAAUAGAGAUUCCUGACAAAGUCAAAAAGUCUUGAUGCAAAAAAGCUAAUUCAAGUGGUUCUUUUAAGCAUUUAAAAUCAAAAACGGGUCGGUGCAGACUCUAACACAGGAGGAGGGUUAAUAUUGGCCAAAACCGAUAUUGAUGUGAUAUUGGCACUAAAUUGUGCAUGACGUGUUUUGUACUCAGCUGCAAUGUCUUUUUUUAGACUUAAACAAAAAAUACUGCCACAAGGCCAACAUCACUCUUACUCUUUGGUACUUUGUUAGUACGUUAGUACACACUGUUGUUGUGAUUUUGUGGGCUCAGCUUGCUGGAUCAGGAAACUGCUAGAUAGAGGUGCCGGAGCAGAUUCUUGUAUGUACUGCUUGUAUCGGAGUGCUGAUAGCAGAGAUUUUAGAUGCAGGCCGAUAUAAUCAGAUAUUUGUUUUUAGCUGAUAUUGGACCAAUAUCUGAUAUCAAUAUCAUAUCGGGACAACCCUACAUUAGAAACCUCUGACCUAAUUAAACGUGCACCACACGACCUGCAGGAGGAAUAAUGUGAACCUCUCCAUAAAGACUUCAAACAGGCAAAAAAUAAUUAAAACUUUGUAGAAAAUACAAGUCUGCCAAACAAAGGAACAGAUUUUAUGAAUCUCAUGUCUGACAUUAUGAUAGAGGGGCAGCCUGAACAAGUCUGUCUGUUUAAAUAUAAUGGUAUUAAUCUCCUUAUGACACAUUAAUUUCACUCUUCUUCUAUUGUAGGAACAAGCUGACCUCAAACUUCACACAGCAGAGCUGAAACAGAAGGAAAUGGUUUUGGCACAAGAGAGAGAGAGUCUGGAGAGACUGAGAGAAGAGCUAGAGAGAGAGAAAGAGAAAGUCAGCAGCACGGCAUUGAGACUCAAGACACGAGCUCAAGAAGUGGAGGCCUUCAGUAAGGUAAAUGUACACCACACAGACCCCUGAAUAAAAUAUGUGCUGCAUAUUGUAGGCAGUGUGAAACAUAUGACUUCUCAUCACACUUUGUUCUCAUCAGCUCGCAGCAGACAAGCAUGAAGAGGGAGAACGAGCUGUGCGGGAGGCUAAAUGUGUAGAAGCGGAGCACGAGGCGAGGCUGAGGAAUAUACAGACGCAGACGGAGCGACUGAGGCAGCAGGAACAGAGACUGCUGCAGGUUUGUCCCUUUCUCUGCACUCACGAAAUAAAGCAUGCAAGUAGAGCUUAACUCAAAAGCUUACACACCUACACUUCUCGUUCCAGGAGCGAAUGAGGUCGAGUCAUCUGCAGAAGGACUCAGAGAUCUCUGCAAGAUUUUCACCACAACUAAUUCAACCCAUUUUACCAGGUGAGAUCAACUCUGUUAAAUGAAAUUACGACAUCCACAAACCCGUGACAAAGUCAGUUUAAACGAGGGAUUGAUUAUAAUCCGCAGAUGCCACUACAUUUUUGCCAAACCCUGAUCUCACGUCCACCAUGAAUAUUCCCGCUCCUGCUUCAUUCGCCGAGUCUCAGGCCUCUGCUCUUCAAGCUAGUCUGGCUCUGUGGAGGUACAGCGCAGAAAAGGUGAGCAGAGACAAACAAUGACUCUUAAUAAUUCAAGUGAAUCAAAUAAACACAUAGCAGGAUAAAUAUUGCCUAUCUAAAUUUUUAGAUUGGUUUAUAUAAAUUUGAGGCUAACACUGAGAUUCGAAUUUAUUUGUACUGCACAUAUCAAGGCGUAUUGUACAGUAACAAAAGACAACAGCCUAUAAAACCAAAGCUUUACUUGUUGAGCCACUGGUAUAUUCUUGUUUUUCAGCUGCUCCAAGUUCACUUUUCUCUAAGAUUGCAUCUUAAUAUGAAUAAAAUCUGGAACCAGAAUUUCCCUUCCACAGCCUAGAUUGUCAAGUGCCAGUUGGUAGCAGGUCCAAAGCAAGUAAAGAAGACGAGAUGACUUUACUUAAACUUUAUAUUCACUUCCGAUAAAGUUUAAGUAGAGUCGAUUCCAGUGUGCUGUGGAUGUUCAGGGUUAGACUCUGUUUUCAACCCUUGUCUCUGAAACAGGCUCCAGGACAUCAUAGAAACAUGUCAUUAUUAAAAUAAAUGAUUUGCUAAAUUAAACAAAAAUGUGCUUCAUUUUUAAAAAGCUGUUUGAAAAUGUAUUGAGGUCAGAUCUCUUAACACAAACACUCAAAACACCAACAUGUAGUACCUUCAGAUGCUUUAUUGAUGGUAAGAGCAAAGAUUCCAGUACAGAAACAUUUACACUGGGGACAACAGUUUCCUCUGAGAUUUCAUUUCCUAAAUCAUCCAUUUCUAAUAUUUCCUUUUCCUUCACACAGGAUCGUGAGUACCUGGAGGAGGAGCAGAUCUUCUUGGACAAUCUCAAGAAGAGAUCUUACAAAUCAUACUUCAACACAGACUGACCAACACCAGGUGCUCCCAGUUGGAUUUUUGCCACUUAACGAGUGAAUACUUGAAUUUUAUACAACAUCCUGAUUAUUUUAUUAAACAUUUUUUAUCAAA